AAUAAUGAAUGAUAUCUAAAUCUCUAUAAUAAUUAACAAUUAAUUAUAAUUAUGAUUUCAUUAAAUUAUGUAACGUCCCUAAUCCGGUCCGGUUCACUCAGUAUAUCUCUCACCUUAUAUUUCUUUCCGGCUUUCUCCUCCCCUCAGUCACAAAUUUCAUUCUUUGUUUUUUAAGAGGCAAUUUCAAAUUUCAAAGCUACACAGUGGUGAAGAAGGAGAGGAAAAGGAGGUCAGAAAGACUGAAACCCUAAUUCUUCAACGAAUAGAUUUCGCGCGCUCAAGAUUCUCUCGUCCACUUCAGUGGUUCGACGGCGUCGGGUUAUAGGUUUUUUGAGGCGAUUGGAGGAAAUGGGCUGCUUCUUGGGGUGCUUCCGGAUCAAAGAUGACGACAGCCGAAGAUGCCAUCUCUUCUCCAAAUUAUACUCGUGGAAGAAGAGGGAUCUAGUGCUGGAUCGGAAUCAGUACACUUCUGUCGUUUCAUGUGAAGAUAGAGGUAUUUCAUCUGAUAAAGCUGAACGGGAGACUCUCGAAGAGAAUUUUGAUGGGGAUGAUAGCAUUUGUGAGAAGCUAAGGCAAGAGGCAAAAUUCCUCAAAUCUUGUGGUGCUAUACUAGAAACUCCUAUCGAAAUUCGCAAAUCAUCUGUUGAGCAGUCUGUAGCUUCUGAUCCAUGUUGUAUAAAGCUCAACUGGGACCAGCAGCUUGAGAAGAAUGAUGACCUUCCUAUAUUGGAUUCUGAAACCUUAAUUUUCGAAGAAGAGAAACCCAAAAGCUGUGGACGUGAUGAGAAUAAUGGCACAACAAAGAAGAUGGUACGGUUUGAAGAACUGAAUCAUUCUAUAGUUGAGAAGAUAAAUGCUGAUGCAUUGGAGAUAUCCCCUCAAACUGAAAAUCAGAUUCAACCAUAUGGAUCUGAAUCACCUUAUCCUACUCCACUAAACUUAGUAGAUGGGAUGCAAACUCCAGGAACUAUAUAUCCGCAGAAUUCUGAGAAUUUCAGAACUGGGAGGAUCAGAGCUCAAUUCGUUUAUCCUGUUCCAGAUCUCUCUCAAAAGUCAUUCGAAUUGAAUGUUCUAUGUGAAGACAGGGAGAAUACACAGAAGGUGCCACCUGCUUCUCUAAAAAAGGAGCUGAGACCUCCAUUGCCAAGGGUUGAAACCAAGAACAACACGGAUUUCAGAAAGGAACCAUCUCAUUCUGAUCAAAGUCCUGAUGAAGACAGACCAAUUAUAGGAGCUGCUGCAGCUCAUUGGAAUGAUGAAGACCCUUCACGCAUCUCUCCAAAACAGUGGGAUGGCAAUGGAAUUCCAAAUUCAACAACCAAAUAUAAGGAGGACCAGAAAGUUAGCUGGCAUGCCACUCCUUUUGAAGUGAGAUUAGAGAAGGCCUUAUCUGAUGAAAAGGUUUAUCCUCCGAGGAAGCUUGAAGGAAGAUUGGUGGAGGUAGACGAAGAUGAGUGCAGCGAGUGAUGUUGCUAUCACUUUUUCAUUAUUAAUAAAGCUUAAGAUUCUAAAUAAAGUCCUUGUGACUAGCUAACCAAGAGCUUUCUUUCAUUUCCAGACACUUGAAGUUUGACUUUCCAGAUUUGCCGUAUUGCCCAGAUAAUUUCUGGAAACUUCUGUAGUGCUGCUACACCUUGCAGACCUGUGUAUGUUCCUUAUUGUAUAUAUAAACCUUUGAUUUUUUUUUUUUUGUAAAU